AUGAUUCCAGUAAUUAGAGCCAGGGCGCUAUGCCUACGUCCCUUCCUCGCGAGAGGUGCGGCCUCAAAGGAGCCAGUGGAAAGAUACAAGGAGCAGCUGCAAAGAAAGGCCCAUGAGAUGGGGGCCAGCAGCAUCGAGGAGCUGAAAGAGAAGAUGAAGGAUGUCAUCAGCGAGAAGCGGAAGGAGUUUGACCGUGUGGACCCGCUGAAAGAGCUGGAGGAGUUUGAGCGUAAGGCUGCGAUGGAAGCACAGGAGAAGGUUGGCAGAGAGGGUAAGAUCAGAGACCCACGGGCGCCAGGGAUCCCUGAGAAGCCUUACAAGACCAUGGACUCCUUCAUCGACGUCACCAAGAUCAAGGAGCUGACGCCGCAGGAGAUCGAGGUGAUCUGGAAGGCACGCUUCUACAACAAGGACGACACGCUGAUCUCUGUUGUUCCAGCAGAGGCGUUCCAGAAGAUGAUAAAGAACGCCCGUGAGAACCCGACCUUUGUGCUGCCGUUGCCACGUAACGACGAUGGCAUCGAGAUGCACUACGUCCAAUGGGCAUUUGUUGGCCCAGACACCGUCCACUGUAUGUUCACCACGCUGCUGGAGUUCAAGACACACGGCGAGUUCGCAAGACCUCACACAACGGUGUCCUUCCACACGGAGCUGGAGGAUGCGAAGGGGAUUGUGCUGAUGAACGGAACCGUGGAGAAGGAGUCUGCGAUGAAGUUGCCGGAGGCUCAACUGCUACUGCUGAACGUGCAGAGAUUCUACGGGGCAAUGGCCGACACCGCAGUGUCACAGCGUCGUCUACAGCUCCUGAGAGACUUCACGUCCGGUUCGCCUAACUUCAACGUUGACAAGUUAGUCGAGGAGGCACAGUCCUUGGAGAACUGA